CUUUUUAUUACCAUUUCGCUUGCACACAGUACACAAACUAACACUCGUCCUCUCUUCCUCUCUUUCGCUUCCUCUCCUCUCUUCUUCUCUCUCUCCCUCUCUUUCUCUCUUUCACACUCACUAGAUAGUUUCGGUGUCUCGGUUCCACACCACCCGAUAAUUCUCUCUUUCCUUCCUUUUUCUCCAUUCCUUUCCCUUUUUCGUUCCCGUUCGUUUUACCAUCUUUGAAUGCCAUGGCACCACCUCCACCCAACAAUGUCGAAACAAAAUACUACGAUUUACCCACCGCCGCUUAUCGCCGGGGCUCGAUCACUGCACUCAACAUGCCGGUAACUACCAGUAAAGGCGAGUUGUCAUGGAAACAGUCGUUCGGGUUCACUUCAGGGCGUGGAGCAGGGGCACCACUUUUCGGCCGACAGGACCGCAAAUGGCGAUGGUGGCACUACUUGACGCUGCUGAUAUUCGUUUUUGGUGCCUUGCAGUUGGUGGCGCUCGUUACCGGCUACAGAAUCCUGCAUGGGCAGCCUUCAGCAGUACGGAUCGCCCUGAGACAGUACCCAGCCAUCCCAUACAAACAUCUAGACACCAGCAUACCGGUUAAUACACAACAAGGUGCUACUGUCUAUCAUGUCACAAAGGAGUUCGGACCUGCCAUGAUGAGCAGCAUUGGUGUAACCGUCACUGCCCUGGCUGCGGCACAACAAAAAACAGGCAACGCGGACGUGCGGAUCGUCAUGCCAUACUACUCGUUUCUGAAAAACAAGUACGACAUCAACAAGUAUGCCGACAUGGUCAUCGACGUCCGUGACAAGAAGAAGCGCUUGAUCCCUAUCGAGUUUCGCGUCUGGAAGAUGGACUAUGUCUUUGACCCUCCGGCUCCGCCAUCCAACGUUACCGUUUGGCAGCUCGUGGAUGGUGUCAACACCUCCGUCUCAGUAGCCCCGCCCCCAGAACAACCCAAACCCAUCCCGCGCACAGAACGUGUACAGGUUUACCUCAUUGGUCCGGGUAAUAGGCGUCCAUUCAGCCAAGUCUUCCGUGCCAGAAACGCCCUCCAAAUCUACUCCAACAACCCACCUGGACUGCCCCGCGAAUGGCAAGAUCAGUUCUUCAGCAAGGCAGCCGCGGCCUUUUUGACCCACCAGGCCGCUGCUAGAGACGAAGAAUCCUUGUUUGCACCCAUUGGCUUGGCACCUCACAUCGACGUCGUCCAUCUACAUGGCGCCUCUACGGCCUAUAUUGCGAAAGCAUUGCACGAUAAGCGCGAGUCUAACCAGCUAGGCCCUAAACCACCUGCAGUCGUAUACACGAUCCACGACUACAAAGAAGAGCUUCAGUAUACAAACUCAUUGGCGAAUGUGCAUAAGUUCAUGGAUGAACCUCCGACUGUGGACGACCUCGUACUACAACCUUAUACACGUGGUCAGCGGGUGUUCAUGUCAAGUUUAGGCAUGGAUCACGCAAAUGUUGCAACAAUGGUCGGCCGCACUAUGGCGUCUGAUCUUGUCGAAGGCCGUCUUGAAGUUUAUCUCAAAGAAAUCGGGAUGGAAAGUGUUCUUAAAAAGGCACAAGAACGACGUUUCUUUGGAAUCAGCAAUGGUGUUGAUUUCAACCAGCUGAACCCAUUUAGAGAUCCACGAUUAGUGACACGUAAGCUUGGAUAUCCCGAGUACUCGCUGGAUAUGAUACGCAGGCAGCCCUCACUAGCUUCGAAGACAUCGGACGAUCCAAAGGCACUUGAUGUUCCAGACGUGCGCACAAUUUGGCCGCUCUCUGACACAAUGAGCGAUUAUGUGACUACCUCAAAAGACCGUGCAAAGCGGUUCCUUGUGCGACGCAGCCUGCUCAAUGAAGACGACUUGAAACGACCAUUGGCUCUCUACAUUGGCCAAUUCCAGCACGACAAGGGAUUGGAACUCUUCGAGGAUGCUGCUGCAUACUUUGUUAAGCACGACGUCAAGUUUGUCAUCAUUGGCCAGCCUGGCGAUUAUCCGCUCGAGCGUGUCGAAGCAUUGCAGGAGAAAUUCCCGGACCAUGUCAUUGUCAUGUCAACAGCAGCCCAACAACGGCGGUGGUCCAUCUUUUGCCGUGCCGCAGCGGAUUUUGUGUUCGUUCCCAGUCUGACUGAAAACUUUGGACUAAUGGCAGCCGAGGGUCUGUGGUUUGGGUCGUCUGUGAUCUCUACUGGUGUCGGCGGAAUGGGCGAGUAUUUGAUCGACCGGCCCUCCGAAGCAACGUGGUCGGAAGCAGAACCUGCACGCGAUAUCCAUAUUAUUCGCGACAAGGUGACACGUGUGCCAACUGUCACGAGCAGUGAGUACUACAAUGCUUAUCUGUUUGGUGCAAGCAACACGACCACGCUUGAGGAUGCGAUCCGCGAAGCUGCUGCUGAUUUUAACCGAAACAAUGCAAGCAAGUCACUGCGUGAAGAGUACGUUUUGCGCAUGCUGCGGUCGUCGUACUCUUUGGGCUGGCACCGUGGUCAACAGGACGGCCCUGUACAUGAUUACGGACGCGUUUAUGCCAUUGCACUCGCCGAUCGUCGUUUCAACAGUCUGAAUAGUCAUGAGGUUUUUGAAGAAGAUGCCCUGCUUCGACGGUUAUUGCGGCAGCGACAGCAAAACUUCCAUCAAGUGGACUACUAUGCUCUCAGCGAAUCCUUCUAAACCUUUUCCUUUGUUCCAUAUCAUGUACCAACCCUUGUAAUCUUAUGUACCAUAGCGCUUGUCCUUUUUUUUGUUAUUCUCACACAUUCACCCUAUCAUCAACCAUAACCAACAGCCAGCAAUCAUUAUUCUCUACCCUCGCCAACACACUCACACAUACUUACUUACUUACACUCGCACACUAAAAUAUAUUUUCGCAAUCCUUCUCCCCCCCCAUGUUCUUUGCAUUUUAUUAGAGUACUCCUUCCUUGAAUUACAUCUAUCCUUAAACAAUAAACUCACAAAAUCACAUGUUUAUCUAAAUCUCUGUCAAAUCUGUAAGCACGAGUUGGCAUAUUUGACAGCUUGUGUUGUGUAAAUAAAACAUGCCACUUUGCUUAAUAUGCAU